AUUUCAAAUGUGAUUCUUCUAUUUGACUGACAAAUUAACUAACUUUUGUAUACACAGUCCCAACAAAGAAAUGUAAUACGACUAAAUAGGAAAUACUUAAUUUACGAAUUGACUGAUGUGGAACGAAAACCAUAAUUCCCUUUGUUGUAAAACACUUGCAGAUCUUGAUUGGAUCACAUAUUCUCAAUAUAAGCCACUCACGCCUGGCUACAAAUUUCAGUUCGUUUGCGGUCAACAGUUGGAAUGCAUCGAAUGCAAUUUGUUGUUGCUCUAUUUUUGCUCUGUGAGGGUACAGAAUUUUGUCUGGCUAUAGAUUUCUGCAAUAUGACUGAAUGCCAUGGAUUGCAGCAUCUAGGUUGUGAGAAUGAUUUGACUUUUCAUAGUAGUUGCAUGCAUACUCACGUGCUGGUCAACAUGCAGAUGUAUAGGAAUUACCUGCUCAAAAUACACAACAAAUAUCGUGAGGAUGUGGCAGCCGGAACCAUCAUUGGUCUACCUAUGGCUAGUCACAUGCCAGAGUUGAAAUGGCAUUCAAAACUGGCUCUGAUAGCCGAGUAUCAUGUGAAACGAUGCCUGCAGUCAAUGUUCAGGUACUGCAUGGCCGUGACCAACUUUCCAGAUCCGGCUGUUAACUAUGGCUCAAAUUUACUGGAUACACAAUCUCUUCCCAGCUACACGCCAUCACCGAACUCUGAGAAACUUACUGCCCAAGUGGAGCAGUGGACGCAUCAGGUUUAUAAGCUUGCUCAGGGCCAUUUAUUUGGAAAUGAAGUCCAUGAGAUCAGGAAUAUACUGAAUGACGAAAACCAAUUUGUGGGUUGUGCAGCGGCGGAUUAUUCUGACCGGGCUGCCAGUCGAUUUGUACUAAUCUGCUACUAUAAUAAUCGGAUUGAAGCGAUGGCGCCAAUCUAUAAGAAGGGCACUUUUGCAGACAAGAAUUGUCCCCAUGGGAUCAGCGAAGAUUAUCCAAAACUAUGCAAGAUGCUGACUGAUAUAAGCGACUAAAAUGUUAAUAAUAAUCUGGAGUAUUCCCUUUCAAACAAUCUGGAAAGUUUCUUCUUGGUUUCUAAUUAAACUUGACUGCAACAUU